AAAAAUCUAAUCAAAGCCUAAGCUACAAGUAAUGAAGGAUGGAAAUAGUGUUAAACUGGGCAAUUUCCACUUUGUCCUUCUGUGGCAGCAUUUGUAGGUGUGGGAAAAUUGAGUUUCUUUAACCAGCUUGCUAACAAACAGCCUGAGCCAUUACUAGAGAACUAGAAUGUUUUGUUUUUGUCUGUGUUGUGAAAUCUGUAGGGACAGUUAUAAUUUAGGGUCUUAUUAUGCUAAAAGUUUACUGAUUCACAUGUCUCUUUCUGAAACAUGCCUAUCUGCUUUUCUAGUGCAAAACAGCCUUUUAUACCAACUUCAAGAUCUGUUUUAAGUCUACUAUUUGGAAACAAAUGAAAAAAAACCCCAAACACCUGGAUGUAGAAAAUUCAACUGUAUAAAGGAUGAAAAAUUUCAUUCAUUCAGAAUAUCAUCCUUAUUGUUGGAAGUAGGUGUGUACAACUUGAUAAGAGGCUCUCUCUUUUUUGAUAGUCCAAUUACAGUUGCAACAAAGAUUUAUGAGAAAAAAAGGUGAGUCUUCCUAGCUUCAGACUCUUGCACUGGUAUCCUUACUGUUGUUCUCUACAGAAAGAAAUCCAAGAUGAAUAUGCUGCUAGACUGACUUAGCAUGAGGCCAGCUGCUUCCAUAGCAGUGCAUAUCAGUUCUAAGCUUGGGCAAAUACAGAAAUCUCUUAGUAAAGAAGACAAACUGGAACACAGAGAACACAAACAGUUAGCCUUUCUUGGCUUUAGUGCCCACUUGCAGAAGCGAAGAUAUUCGGCUGAUGGCCUAUGUUCCUGCUUGUGCCUGGCAGAUUUGAGCAGCAUCAACAGGCAUCUCUACCAUGGCACUGCACUGCUUGCAGCUUUUUCUCUUGCUUCUGCUUGGUUCGUGGUGGCCAGACUCAGGGCAACAUGUGGCAGGAGCUGCGAAGGUCAGGGAGCACUAUAUAGCUGCACAGAUCACUAGCUGGACCUACAAACCGGAACCUGAGGAAAAAUCCAGAUUGGAACAUUCAGAUCCUGUAUUUAAGAAAAUCUCUUACAGAGAAUAUGAAGUGGAUUUUAAAAAAGAGAAACCAGCAAAUAAAUUUGCAGGACUUCUGGGACCAACCCUGCGUGCUGAAGUGGGAGAUACUUUAGUAGUUCACCUUAAAAAUAUGGCUGACAAGCCAGUCAGUAUUCAUCCUCAAGGCCUAGUUUACAGCAAAAAUGAAGAAGGCUCCCUGUAUGAUGACAGAACAUCCCCUGAAGAAAAACGAGAUGAUGCUGUACUUCCAGGCCAGCUCUACACAUAUGUGUGGGAUAUAUCAGAAGAAGUUGGUCCAAGAGAAGCUGACCUUCCUUGUCUUACUUAUGCUUACUAUUCUCAUGAGAACAUGGCAGUGGAUUUUAACUCUGGUCUGAUUGGAGCACUGCUGAUCUGUAAGAAAGGAAGUCUAAACGAGGAUGGGUCACAGAAACAUUUUGACAGGGAAUAUGUACUGAUGUUUGGUGUGUUUGAUGAAAACAAGAGUUGGCAAAGAUCACCAUCAGUCAAGUAUACAAUUAAUGGCUAUGCCGAUGGAACGUUACCAGAUUUAGAGGCUUGUGCAUAUGACAACAUUAGCUGGCAUUUGAUAGGAAUGAGUUCCAAACCAGAAAUCUUCUCCAUUCAUAUCAAUGGCCAGUCCAUGGAGCAAAAACGUCGCCGAGUUUCUGCUGUUAACUUGGUGGGAGGAGCCUCAACCACCGUAAACAUGACAGUGACAGAGGAAGGAAGGUGGCUCAUAUCUUCUCUUGUCCAAAAGCACCUGCAAGCUGGAAUGCACGGUUACCUCACUGUAAGGGACUGUGGGGACAAAGAGGUGAAGAAGAGUCGUCUCUCCUAUAGAGAACGUCUUAUGGUCAAAACCUGGGACUAUUUCAUUGCUGCAGAAGAAGUUACCUGGGAUUAUGCCCCAAGUAUUCCAGACACCCUUGAUAGACACUAUAAAUCACAACACUUGGACAACUUCUCCAAUCUCAUAGGUAAAAGGUAUAAAAAGGCUAUUUUUAGGCAAUACACUGAUGACAGCUUCACUAAACGUCUGGAAAGUCCUCGUCCCAAGGAAACUGGAAUCUUGGGCCCUAUUAUCAGAGCACAGAUCAAUGAUAAAGUCAAAAUUGUAUUCAAAAAUAAGGCCAGUCGACCCUACAGCAUUUAUUUCCAUGGAGUGACACUUGCAAAGAAUGCAGAAGGAGCCGAUUAUCCUCUGGAUCCCACAAGCAAUGACACCCAGAGUAGAGGAGUUGAACCAGGGAAUACAUACACUUAUGAGUGGAAAAUUGCUAAAACAGACCAACCCACUGCACAGGAUGCACAGUGUAUUACAAGGCUGUAUCACAGUGCUGUAAAUACUGAGAGAGAUAUAGCCUCUGGACUGAUUGGCCCACUUCUGAUUUGUAAAAGUGAAGCACUGACACAAAAAGGUGUGCAGAAAAAGGCAGACGAGGAGCAGCAGGCAAUGUUUGCUGUGUUCGAUGAAAAUAAGAGCUGGUACCUAGAAGAUAAUAUCAAGGAGUACUGCAGCAAUCCAGCCACUGUCAAAAGGGAUGAUCCCAAGUUCUAUAACUCGAACGUAAUGCACACAAUAAAUGGCUAUGUGUCUGACAGCAGUGAAAUCCUUGGAUUUUGCCGAGAUACUGUGGUUCAGUGGCACUUUUUCAGUGUUGGCACUCACGAUGAGAUUGUCUCUGUUCGCCUUGCUGGGCACUCUUUUCUUUAUCAAGGGAAAUAUGAGGAUACACUGAGCCUUUUCCCAAUGAGCGGAGAAUCAGUCACAGUGGAGAUGGACAAUGCUGGUACUUGGCUUUUGGCAUCCUGGGGCACCCCAGAAAUGAGUUACGGCAUGAGGCUGAGAUUCAGGGAUGCUAAAUGUGACUAUGAGGAAGAUGAAGCAUUUGAUGUUGUGGAUUUAACUCCCACCAAGACUGAAAGAAAGGCAGUUCCCACCUCAGCUGAGGAAGAUGUGCAAGAAAAUGAGGAAGACAAGGAGGAAUCUGAUUAUCAGGAUUACCUGGCUUCUUUUUACUCCAUCCGAAGCUCAAGAAAGGCAGCAGGUGAUGAAGAAAAACAAAAUCUUACAGCACUGGCCUGGGAGCAGUAUGAAGACACUGGUGCCACAAGUUCUGAGGUGGUAGCUGGCUCAGGUCUGACAGCUAUAAAUAGUAGUGGAACAACAAACAACUCUAAGUUCUUAGAAACUCAUAUCACUCCUCUUCUCCCAGUCAAGGUCGAAACAUUCCAGUCAAAUUACACGUCAAUCACAGUAGAAGGGGAUUUAUUUUUAGCUACCACAAGUGAUGGAGAGGCUAACUUGGUAUUUGAGAAUAGAAGCCAAAGCAACUAUGAAAUAGCUCACAAUAACAUGUCUGCAGGUAACUUGCUGAGCAAUGGGGAAGGCCCAGUGAAUGUUGCAGAAGAGCUUCCAGCUGAUAGAGAGGACAGUAAACCUUUUCCAGAAAUACAUCAAAAGCAAAGCACAGGAGGAGGAAAUUAUACCACUAACAAGAAAAGGAAAAGGCGAAGCUCACUGGCCAUUAAGUUUUACUCUGUCCAAAAGAUGAAUGCCCUGCUAAAUCAUGUCCGAAAUAAAAAUGUCUCCUUUUCUGACAAGACUGAUGCACCUCAUUCUGUGCAGCAUCGAGAAAACACAUCCAAUGAAGCCAUGGUGGGAACUGGUCAGCUGCCAAAUGAAUAUAAUGAUGAUCUGAAAGAGGAGGGAAAGAAGAUGGAAAAUGCCAUGCACACAGUUAACCUGACAGUAGAUUUGGACCUCAUAGUAGGAGGUGGGUCUAAUGCAUCCAGCAUUUCUGAACCCAGGAUAUCCAAAGAUAAACCAGCAGAUGUUUUUACUUUAGAACACAUGUUAGACAAUACAAGCCCUAAUUCCAGCCCUCCUGUAGUGAAGAACUUACUAGAAACAUCAUUACCCAGCCCUGGGAAAUAUUCAUCUAAAAUGACUAGUGAGGAAUUUAACUUGGUGUCUGCAAAGAUGAAUCUGGGAUUAGAGGCAAGCUUAGAUAAAUCUGCUGGUAGCAAGUUAAAUCAUCAUGGCAGAAACAGUACAGCAUCCAUAAAUAAGGAGGAUAUGAAAAAGUAUCAAGGAUUCUCACAUCUAAUGGGGGAAAACCAGAAAGGGAACCACAUGCACCCAACUCAGAAAGGAAAGGAGGGAAACAACAAUGAUACCUUGACUUCAUUGGGAACCUUCAUCAAGAUCCGAAGGAGAAAGAAGGAAGAUGUAAAAAUUACCUAUUUGCUGAGCCCAAGGAGUAGAAAACCCAAAAAGCCCAGCAAUUCCAUGGCAGGGUUUGGCCGUGCAUUGUUUCCGGGUGGGACCAACCACACGGCAGUGCCAAACACCACCGAGGCACCCAGUGAGGUCAGCCAGAGGCUGGAUCUGAGCAGAGCCAGGCACGGAGAGUCGCUGAAUGACACCCUCACCCCGCGGCAGUUUCGGCCAUCCAUCACAAUCGGGCUUCCCCGAGCAGAUGGGGACUACGAAUAUGUGAUAGGAGAAUCCUACAACGACGAAAGCUCGGGUGGGGAAUACGAGUACCAUUAUGUGAGCUUCGAUGACCCCUACAUGACAGACCCCAAGGUGAACAUCAGCAGGCAGCGUAACCCUGAUGACAUUGCUGAGCACUACCUGCGCAGCAGAGGCAAUGAGAGGAGAUAUUACAUCGCAGCUAAAGAGGUCUGCUGGAACUAUGCGGGAUAUAAGAAAAGUACAAUGAGGAAUGACAAAACCUGUAAAGAUGGCAGCAGAAGAAAGGUGAUUUUCCAGAGCUAUACAGACAGUACCUUUUCGACUCUUCAGGAUGAAGAUGAAUAUACAGAACAUCUUGGCAUCCUGGGACCAGUUAUUCGGGCUGAAGUGGACGAUGUUAUCCUAGUUCAUUUUAAAAAUCUGGCAUCCAGACCGUACUCCCUCCAUGCCCAUGGAGUCUUCUAUGAAAAGUCCUCUGAGGGAAGCAUUUAUGAUGAUGAAUCUACUGCUUGGUUUAAGGAAGAUGAUGAAGUUCAGCCAAAUAACAGCUACAUAUAUGUAUGGUACGCUAACAGGCGAUCGGGUCCUGUGCAGUCAGGAGCAGCUUGUCGGUCCUGGAUCUACUACUCUGAUUUAAACCUGGAGAAAGACAUUCAGUCUGGUUUAAUUGGGCCAAUACUGAUCUGUGAAAAAGGAGCCUUCAGCAAAUCAGACAGCAGCAGGACAUAUACCCGAGACUUUUUCUUGCUUUUUAUGGUCUUUGAUGAAGAGAAAAGCUGGUACUUCGACAAGCAUUCUGGAAGGCCUUGUAAUGACAAGACACAAGAAAUGCAGCAGUGCCACAAAUUCUAUGCCAUUAAUGGGAUUACCUACAAUUUGCAAGGUUUGAGGAUGUAUGAAGGUGAAACAGUCCGAUGGCACUUGCUGAAUAUGGGUGGGCCAAAAGACAUUCAUGUUGUCCAUUUUCAUGGACAGACUUUCAUAGAACAAGGAGAGCCAGAGCAUCAGCUUGGUACAUACACUCUCCUCCCAGGCUCAUUUAGAACAAUUGAAAUGAAACCACAGAGACCUGGCUGGUGGCUUUUAGACACUGAAGUGGGGGAAUACCAGCAAGCAGGAAUGCAGGCAUCCUAUUUGGUUAUAGAGAAAGAUUGCAGGAUUCCAAUGGGCCUGGCAAGUGGAGUUAUACUUGAUUCGCAGAUCGAUGCUUCACAUCACAUAGACUAUUGGGAACCUAAGUUAGCCCGAUUAAAUAAUUAUGGAACAUACAAUGCUUGGAGUACUACAGUAGAGGAAGAACUCCCUUGGAUCCAGGUGGACUUGCGAAGACAAGUUUUGCUCACUGGGAUACAAACACAGGGAGCCAAGCAGUUUUUUAAGUCCUUGUACAUCCAGAAGUAUUUUCUUGUUUACAGCAAAGACAAGCGGACAUGGAACACCUUCAAAGGAGACAGCUCACUAACAGGAAAGAUUUUUGAAGGUAAUUCCAAUGCGUAUGAGAUAAAAGAGAACAUCAUUGAUCCCCCUAUUAUUGCUAGGUACAUCAGACUCUACCCCACUGAGUUCUACAACAGGCCUACUCUUCGCAUGGAGCUUCUGGGCUGUGAAGUAGAUGGUUGCUCUUUGCCACUUGGAAUGGAAAGUGGAGAAAUCAAGAAUACUCAGAUAACAGCCUCAUCUACUAAGACAUCCUGGUUUAACACAUGGGAUGCUUCACUUGCUCGUCUCAAUCAGAAUGGAAAGAUUAAUGCCUGGCGAGCCAAGGUGAACAACCACCAACAGUGGCUGCAAAUUGAUCUCCUCACAGUUAAGAAGAUCACUGCUAUUGCUACACAGGGGGUCACGUCCAUGUCAGCCGAAAACUUUGUGAAAACCUAUGUUCUUCUGUACAGCAAUGAAGGCUCCGAGUGGAAAUCCUACACUGAGGGUUCAAGCUCGGUGCCAAAGGUUUUCUUGGGUAAUGCAAACAGCAAUGGGCACGUCAAGAAUUUUUUUAACCCACCCAUCCUGUCCAGGUUCAUCCGCAUUGUUCCAAAAACAUGGUACCAUGGGAUUGCCCUUCGGGUAGAGCUCUAUGGCUGUGAUUUUGGUGGGAGUCUGACUGCGAAAAGGACUGACAAGUCUGGGAGCUCUUAACCUGCCAGCAGUCAUCAUGCAGAACAUGUUUGUUAAGAAACCCUUAAAACAGUCA